AUGAGUGAACUAAACUCGAUGGAGGUUGAUACUACGGAAACAAUACAGGACAUUGCCGUCAAGUUGGUGACAGAGCAACUGAAAAAUGAAUCCCGGCUCGCUACAGCACCAACUGAGCGUACGGUUUUCGUGCUCGGAAGCAAAGGAGUUGGGAAAUCGACGCUCAUCAAUAGAUUCCUCGAUCGGGAUGAUGUACCGCGCCCAACACUGGCGUUAGAAUAUUCGUUCGGCCGCAAAACUGCGUCGGGACAGGGAGCCCAAAAGAAUAUAUGCAACGUUUGGGAACUGGGUAGUUUAGCUAACUCCAGCCAGCUAAUUGAAAUGCCCAUCCGUUCACAUGGGCUGCAGACGUUCUCUAGCAUCAUUAUGCUGGAUCUUUCCCAACCGGACCGGCUGUGGACCGAUCUCGAAAGUGUGCUGAAUGGUUUGCGGCAAGCGACUGGUAAACACGCCGCUGCUGGCCAGAUUGAGGAAAUGAAGUCACUGACCUCCCAACGGAUCGGUAAAGAGCAUCCCGAUCUAGGCACACUAGAGCUGUUUCCAUUUCCAAUCGUUAUCGUCGGUGGUAAGUACGACGUUUACCAAAAUUUGGACUCGGAAGUGCGCAAACAUGUCUGCCGAUGUUUGCGCUCCAUCGCACACACGCUCGGUGCCGCUUUGGUAUACUAUUCCUCGAAAAACUCUUCCCUUUCGAAGCUUGCCAGAGACACGAUGAACCAUUUAGGUUUCGGAAGUCCUUCAAAUCCCUUUCGCGCGGCCACUUUCGAUCAUUCGUCUCCCCUUACCAUACCGUUCGGGGCCGACUCUUGGGCACGCAUCGGUGUUACGCCUAGCAAUUCGGAACGCAUUGGACACAGCUUUAGUACGCAAAUACCCCAGCUGCCACUAGUAAACAGUGCCAUUGUGCCAGACGAUCCAGCGAAGGACGCCGGAUUUAAGGAGGUUACGAUCGACGAACUGCGCUCGCAAAAGGACGAAGAAUUGAUGUAUGUGCUGAAGGAUACCGAGAUACGCAUGAAGUUCGAAGUGGUUCAGUAA